CUUCAAUGCUUCUAUUCAUUGUAGGCCGUUACUUUAAACUACGAGUGGAUCCCACCCUACCGCUGAUCUCCUAUCGAUAACUCCGGUGGAAUCUUUUCCCUUACAAGUCCGGCCCGCAGUGGGUGGACCUGGGCAGCCCGUUAUCGUUAUCGUAUCCAAAAUACGUACCGCCAAAAAGAUUUUGGGGCCGUUGGUGGGAUUGUGGAACGAAAUAGAGCUGCUAUUAAGUACUCGACGACGACACGACUUUUGCGCUAGACACAAUACCAAUUGGGCCAAGGGAACCCGAAGAUAUCGCCAGCGGAGUUGGAGCGGAACACCAAAACAAUGGCGUCUGAAGUCGCAGCCGCGGCCGCUAAUGUCGUACGGCGCGCCGGCAAGGAAAUGCACGGCAUCGUGGUGUCCGCCGGGCUCAUGGACAAGACGGUGAAAGUCAAGCUGGGGGGUCUGCGAUGGGAGCCGAGAGUGCAGAAGUUCUUCAAAGAACCCCGAUUCAAACUAGUCCACGACCCAGCCAACUCCGUCCGCCAAGGCGACGUAAUCGCCAUCGAGCCCUCCUGGCGCGUCUCCCAGCACGUCCGCCACGUAGUCAAGCACAUCAUCGCGCCCUACGGCGACCCCAUCGAAGAACGGCCCCCAGUCCCCACCUUCGAAGAGCGCCUCGCCGAACGGGCCGCCAAGCGCGCGGCGAAAGACGAGCGUCGGGCUCUGAGGCGCGCGGAGCAGGCCAAGAUUGCCGCGGAGGAGAGGGAGGCGUUGCUGGAGGAGAAGAGGAAACGAUUGGAGGAAAGGGAGAGGGAGAGACUAGAGAGGGAGAGACUAAAAGGGGCGGAGACGACGCUGAGUGAUGUUGACUGAAACGAACGAAUAAAUGAAUAUCUUAUCCGUCGGAAGAAGGAAGGAUGAAAGAAAGAAAGAAAGGGGUUUAUGAUCUAGGGCGAUAAAAGCCCGGGCUAGCUGGCCAGCUACGAUGACCGAACUGCGACUGUGACAGCGAAAGAUAACUGCAGUUCCACGCGGUAAACCUGUAUAUACCGGAGUCACCUGCAUGUAACAUACCUACAUAUAUGUACAACCACUAUUCAGUAACGGCUCUAGUUUACUGCCAUGUGAAAAGAUAUAU